ACACACACACACACACAGAUCAUAUCACUGGUACAAGUUGGAGACAAACAGAUCAAUGGGCACUACUUUGACCAGUAUAAUGGAGGAUUUACAGUCACAGUCAGAACACGAGGAGGAAAUGUCACUUGAACAACAUUUUUCUCAGCAAGGCAGAACCGAUGGGCAUCGGCGCUCUCACCUUCAAGCAUUUGGACAAGGUGCCAAAGCCAAAGAUCUUCCGAUUUCUAAUUCAGCUGCAACCCCCCUUCUCGUUGAGGUGAACUAUCUCAGCAACCACAAUGAUAUCAUCAGAGCAAAACUGGAGACCCAGGCAGCUUUAGCGAGGGAGCGGACCUUCCACCAGGAACUGAAGAUGCAGCUGAAGCAGACGAAGACUGUCACUGAUGGCCUUCAGAGACGGAUUGAGACUCUACAGACAGAAAGGACAAAUCUAAAGGCGAAUAAAACUUCUUUAGAGGAAAACUGUGGCAGGUGCCUGCCAGGAUGGAUUCUUCUGAAAUCCUCCUGCUAUUAUUUUUCUCCCCGUGUGUCCAAUUCCAAGAAGAACUGGCCAGAUAGCAGAGCAGACUGUAUUAGUCACGGGGGCGACCUGCUUGUGAUCAAUAACUUGGAGGAGCAGCAACUCUUGCAGGAAAACAGACCGAGCAGCAGCAGCAGCAGCAGUCACGGUUUGUGGUGGCAGAAUGGCUACUGGAUCGGCCUCACUGAUGUAGGGAUACCAGGAGCCUGGGUGUGGGUUAACAACGUGACUGAGGUGGAAACAAUGUACUGGAGAACUGGACAGCCUGACCGUAGUGGACUUCAUAGCGGACACUGUGCCGCAUCCUAUCAUUUUCCCGACACCCUGAAGACUUGGUACACCGGAAAGUGCCAUGACCUUCAGUUGAACUGGAUUUGUGAGAAGGAGCUAGUCUCUUAAGCAGAAGUCACAAUAACAGAAAAGAUCAUGUGUGUGAAAUCAUGAAAAUAAACAAACUGAUACAUUA